AUGGACGGGACCAACCGAGUCAAGAGAGUCCUCGGCAUGGGUGAACGGCCUGCUCUAGGAGUCUGGCAGCUCUUACCUGGAAGCAACCUAUCUCGUAUCUUAGCACGAGCUGGAUAUGACUGGGUUCUCGUUGACUGUGAACAUGGAAAUAUUGAUGAUGCUGCAAUGCACGAAGCUAUCCCUGCUAUCACUUCAUACGGAUGUAGUCCAAUCGUCCGAGUUCCAGACUUCCAGUCUUGGAUGAUUAAACGUGCUCUUGAUGCAGGUGCCCAUGGAGUACUCGCACCUCUUGUUCGAACCGUGGAAGAUGUCAAGUCUUUCGUAGAAGCAUCGCGAUUCCCUCCACAAGGUCGCCGAGGUUUUGGCUCUCCAUUCCCCAUGGACCGGUUUGGUCCGCAUGUGACAGCCACUCAGUAUUUGAAGGAAGCAAACGACAAUAUCCUUCUCUCUGUUCAAAUCGAGACUCGUGAAGCUUUGGAGGCAGUCGAUGAGAUUGCAGCUGUUGAUGGACUUGAUCUUUUGUUUGUUGGUCCCUUCGAUCUAGGUAACAAUAUUGGUCAUCCUGUUGAGGGAGAUAGCUUUGCCCCUGAGCUGGAGCAGGCUAUUCAGAAAAUUCUUUCUUCUGCCCAUGCCGCGGGUAAAAAAGCGGGUAUUUUCUGUGGGAAUGGUACUCAGGCAAAGCGGUUCGCGGAUAUGGGAUAUGAUUUCAUGAACGUUAUGACUGAUGUUGGGGCUCUUUCUUCUUCAUUGUCGAGGGAAAUGGAGAUUGUCAACCAAAAAGCUGGCAAUGCUGUUUCGGGGCCAUAUGGAAGCUGA